UUUAAAAUGUUAUCCAACUAUUCUCGCAUUUGGUUUUUUAUUGUGUACGUGACGAUAUUUCCGAAAAUCGAAAAAGCUAUUCAUUACACACACAUACAUGGGCGCUGUAUGCGCAAUAGAACAAAUGAAAAAGUUAUUGAUCGAAUUCCCAGAUUGAACAAGAAUGAAAUAAUUCGUAAUACCCGGGAUUUAUUAAAUCUACCUACUAGACCGCACUAUUCUAAGAAUGAUUCUUGGCAGAUAAAGAGAUCAGCUUCAAGGUACAUUUAUGACGUUUUCAAGAAUACUGUGGAUAAAAAUCAAGCUCAGAGCUACAAUUUUACUAUGCAAGAUCUUCAGACUAUGGAGGAUAGCGAUAUCAUUAUGACGUACGCAGGUUUAUAUCAUAACGAAGGGAAUAUUAUAUGGUUUGAUGUUUCAAUUACUCCAAGUAUAGAUUACAUUAUCGGGGCUGAAUUACAUCUUUAUCCUAAUACUUUAGACAAGAACUUCAAAAUUUUAGUUUUCAGUAUUGUAUCACAAAGAAAAAAUAAAAAACGUCUCCAGUUUAUUGAAUCAGUGACAGUUAAUGCAAAUUAUAAGGGAUGGAUCAAAGUGAAGAUAACUUCAAUUCUGCAGUAUUGGUUAAAGCAUCCCAAGCAUAAUUUUGGUUUGCAUUUAUCUAUUGUAUAUACUGAAGAUAAUUUUAACGAGCGUAUUGAUGAAAUAAUGGAGCUUAAUACUAAUUCAUCAGAAAAAAAUCCUUUCCUCGUAGGUUAUUUUGUAAGCUCUCAAAUAUUUGACGAACGAUUAACAGCUAAAAGUAGAUGGAAACGAAGCGAGGCAUACUCAACUACGAAUUAUUUAGAUAAUCCUUACAUGUAUAAAGAUACGUCAAAGCGCCGAGUAAAUGCUGGAUCAUGCAGAUUGCAGAAGUUUUACGUACGUUUUCGUAACUUUGACUUUGAUAAUUAUAUUACUGCACCGGAAGGGUACGAUGCUCAGUAUUGUAGUGGCGAAUGUCGUUUCCCUUUAAAUGCUCACAUGAACGCCACAAAUCACGCGAUCGUUCAGACUUUGGUGCACUUUUUAAUGCCUGGGCGUGCACCACAAGCUUGCUGUGCACCUCGUGAACUUGCACAUCUUCCUGUACUCUAUUCCCGUGACGGGAUUAAUUACAUGCUUAAGAAAUAUCGAAAUAUGAUAAUCAAAAGUUGCGGCUGCCAUUAGUAAUCAGUAGUUAUUGUAAUUAGGAAUUCAGAGCUAGCAAGGCCCUAUAUAAAACAAAAGGUGAAAUGGUAAACUGAUUAAGGAUGUUGC